AUGGAUCCUACAACAAAUUUGUUAUUAACAGCGUUAGCUGCUGCAGGAAGUCAAGUGCUUCAGCACACAGUACAAUUUCAUACAAACUUAACCCAAAAUCGUACAGCCGUGCUCCAAAAUCGUUACAGUAUUUGUUUUCCUACUAAUCGAACUGUAUACAACGUCGUUGUGGAACAGAUCAAUGGAACUUUUAUGGAUCUUUCUGCGUUUCGUGGGAAAUUAUUGCUGGUUGUCAACGUAGCUACAUAUUCAGAGCAUACUAAUCAAUACGUAGAUUUCAACACGUUACUGCAAGAAUAUGGUGGUCAUCGGUUGAAAAUAUUAGCAUUUCCAUGUAAUCAGUUUUACUAUGCUGAACCUGGAAACAAUAAUGAAAUUAUUGAUGGUAUAACUCAUGUAAGACCGGGAAAAAAUUUCACGCUGCACCCAGAUAUUCAUGUGUUUAGUAAGAUUGAUGUUAACGGCAAUGAACAACAUGCACUGUAUAAUUUCUUAGAGGCGCAAUGUCCACAGACAAUUAAACAGUUAACACGUCGUGCUGAUCUAACAUAUGAUCCGGUAAAAAUAACCGAUGUUACUGAUAAUUUUGAAAAAUUCUUGCUUGACAAACAUGGUCGACCACGUUAUCGUUUUCAUGCAACAUCUUGGCUUAAUGGUACCGUUAUCCGAAAAUAUAUUGACAAACUAUUGGUGGAACCAUAG